GAAUACAACCCGUGUUGGCGCCGACGGAACACAGUCUACGUACUCGACAGACAACCAUAUACUUAUCAAUUCCAUCCCUGCCUCUCUAUAACAAUUCACUACUCUUCAUUUCCUUUAGCAAUUCACCAUCAAACUAAAUCAAGAAUAAAAUUAAUUACUAUUUUGUCUCUGUCACCGUGUCUUAUGCUCCUCUUUUUCUUUCCAUAUUUAUAUUCGUUUCACAUUCAUAUUCUCAGCUUACCUGUUCCCUUGUUUUCAUUUUAUUUAUUUCCCUUUUUGUUUUAUUACCAUUUUUUUUUCCGCUAAUUGGUUUUCAUGUUAGGAGGAAAAUCUGGGCAUGUUUCAUAAGCCUAUCUCACAGGAACAACACUAAGGAGGUGAGUGAUGGAGGAAUUGGAGUUGUCAGGGGCGUUUGGCACCAGCGCCAGCUUGGCUCUUCGUUUGGGUCAGACCGUUUUCUCAUCUUCUUCCCUUCUCAUCAUGUGCUUAGACGUUGGCUUCUACUCCUACACUGCUUUCUGCUAUUUGGUAACAGUCAUGGGUUUGGUAAUUCCAUGGAGCAUAACAUUAUUGGUGGUAGAUGCUUACUCUGUCUUCAUACGACAUUUACCGGUUCAACGAAGGCUCAUAAUCAUAAUCUUUUUUGGAGACAUGAUUUUGUCAUGUCUGUCACUAGCUGCAGCAUGUUCUACAGCCAGUAUCGCAGAUCUUCUGCGUGAAGCUGGUGGAUCACAUUGCCCAUCGAAGUUAUGUGAGAGAUAUCAAAUGUCUGCUGCUAUGGCCUUCUUGUCUUGGUUUCUUUCAUCUGUUUCCUUUCUUUUUAAUUUUUGGCUUUUCUCUACUCUGUAAAAUAUCUAGCUUGCUGCUGAUCUGUAGAUGGAUGAAAAGGGUGCAAAUGACAAAGUCAUUUCCUCUUAGGGAUGUAUAUUCUUUGUUCCCUGUGAAUAAAAUUUUUGAUGACUGUUGUGAUUACUCAACACUCAACAAUGUAAUAGUUGCUAUUUCAAUGCAAGGGAAAUAUAUGUAAGUUUUAUUUCA